AUGGCGUUCAUCACUCAGAACGCCAAUUACUGUUAUACAAUGAUGCCCUUCGGUCUAAAGAAUGCUGGGGCCACUUACCAAAGGAUGAUGAAUGAAGUAUUCAGAGACCUGAUUGGCAAUUGCAUCGAAGUAUACAUCGAUGACAUGAUCGCUAAAUCAAGAACGUCGGAACAACAUUUGAUUGACCUUCAAGGCGUAUUUGAAAGACUCAGAAAAUUCAACAUGCGCCUGAAUCCCAGCAAAUGCGCCUUCGGCGUUCCCGCAGGCAAAUUCCUAGGCUUUAUGCUCACUGAGCGAGGCAUUGAGGUCAAUCCUGACAAAUGCAAGGCGGUGAUUGAAAUGCGAAGCCCGCAAACAAUCAAAGAAGUUCAGCAGCUGACGGGAAGGUUAGUAGCUCUCACUCGUUUUUUGGCCAAUUCGGCUCACAAAUCGCUCCCUCUUUUUAGCCUACUCAAAAAAGGAACCGCCUUUCGGUGGUCAGAAGAAUGUGAAAACGCCUUCCAGGAAUUCAAAAGGGCGCUCUCUUGCCCACCGGUACUUGCCAAACCAGACAAUGGAGAAAUGCUGUAUUUAUAUCUCGCCGUAGGUACCAAGGCGAUCAGUGUAGCCCUUGUCAAAGAAGCAAAGGAAGGACAAAAGCCUGUCUAUUUCAUUAGCAAGGUUCUACAAGGGGCAGAGCUUCGAUACCAACAGGUGGAAAAGGUAGCUUUAACACUUAUCUUUGUCGCGCGGCGAUUAAGACCGUAUUUCCAGUGCCAUCCAAUCACCGUCAGGACCAACCAACCAAUUCGCCAAGUCCUGCACAAACCUGACUUGGCUGGAAGGAUGAUGUCUUGGGCGAUUGAGCUGUCCGAGUAUCAAAUCACCUAUGAGCCUAGAACCGCCAUCAAGGCUCAAGCACUCACUGACUUCAUUGCAGAAAUGACACAACAUUCCCCGCCCAAGAACCAAGCCAUGGUAACGCCGUUAUCAGAAGUAUGGAAACUAUACGUAGAUGGCUCGUCAAACGCCAAAGGCUCCGGUGCAGGGAUGAUAAUAGAAAAUCUGGAUGGCGUGGCUAUCGAACAUUCUUUGUCGUUUGAUUUCAACACCACAAAUAACCAGGCGGAAUAUGAGGCCAUGAUAGCUGGUCUGAUCCAAGCAAAGGAAAUGGGGGCCCAACGCCUCAAAGUCUUUAGUGAUUCCCAACUGGUGACAUUUCAGAUCUCCUGCGAGUACCAAGCCAAAGGACCACUGAUGUGCAAAUACUUAGAAAAAGUCAGAGAGCUAAUUGAAGGUUUUGAAAGUGUUGAGGUGGAGCAUAUCCGGCGUACUGAAAACACCCGGGCGGACAUUCUUUCCAAGCUGGCAAGCACUAAAAGCCCAGGCAACAAAUGUUCUAUAGUCCAGCAGAGCAUGCCAAACCCAUGCAUAGUCAUGAAUAUCUCAGAGACAGCCCCUGGAGCCACUGAAGAAACCUGGAUCACGCCCAUUGUCAAUUACUUAGCUGAAGGGGCCGUGCCUCCCGACCAAAAAGAUGCUAGAAAGAUAAUUCGCAGAAGCGACCACUUCUGCAUAGUACAAGGGCGGUUGUACAAGCGAGGACUUUCAACCCCACUCUUGAAAUGUUUGAAUCCCAGAGAUGUUCCAUACGUGUUAGAAGAAAUCCAUGAAGGAAUCAACGGCCACCACAUGGGCGGUCACUCACUAGCAAAGAAGGCGUUGAGAGCUGGAUUUUAUUGGCCAACCAUUGAACGUGACGCCCAUGAACACGUCAAAAAGUGCGAAAAAUGUCAGAAGUUCGCCGACAUACAUAGAGCACCGCCAGAAGAGUUAACAUCAAUCACCUCACCGUGGCCCUUCUACAAGUGGGGCAUCGACAUUCUGGGUCCUUCCCCUAUGGCAGCUGGGCGGGUUCAAUGGCUGAUUGUCGCUAUUGACUAUUUUACCAAGUGGGUAGAAGCAGAACCCUUGGCGACUAUAACAUCUCAAAAAGCAAGAAGGUUCUUCUGGAGAAGCAACAUUUACCGUUUUGGCAUUCCCGGGGAAGUCAUUACGGAUAACGGCACUCAAUUCACCGAUGCCAAAUUCUGCGAAUUAAUGAGCAGUCUGCACAUACGACACCACUUUGCUGCCGUAGAACACCCACAAUCCAACGGUUUGGUGGAGUCAGCCAACAAAAUGCUGGGGAAAGGAAUUAAAAACAAGCUUGAAGCACACAAAGGGGCCUGGAUUGACAACCUUGACAACGUCCUAUGGGGGUACAGGGCGACCGCCCAAUCAUCCACAAUAGAAACUCCGUUCAGGCUGACUUACGACACUGAAGCCAUGAUCCCAGUAGAAAUCGGUGAACCCUCCUGGCGGCGAGAGCACGUAACCGAGAUCGACAACACCCAAAAUUUGAAAGAAGCACUAGACCUGCUAGACGAACUCAGAAGGUCUGCCGCUGAGUCUGAUCGCCAUUCAAAAGAAAAAUCAGCUACUUACUACAAUAAGAAGGUCAUCCCCCGGAGUUUUCAAGAAAAAGAUUUGGUGCUUCGAAGAACAGACGUAGGAAACAAAAACGCUCGCGAAGGAAAGCUCGCCCCAACAUGGGAAGGACCUUACAGGAUAAUCAACAAGCUAGGUCAAGGAGCCUACUCCCUGGAAACACUAGAAGGAAAGGCGCUACUGAGGGCUUGGAACGCCGAUAAGCUCAAAAAAUAUUAUAGUUAA